AUGGACUUCACUGUCCGCCGCGGCGAGCGCGUCUUGCUCUGCGGGUGCAACGGCAGCGGGAAGUCGACCCUGCUGAAUAUGCUCGGCGGAAAGCAAUACUUCGACAACCGCGCGGGGGCUUUGCAGGUUUUGGGAAAACCAUGCUAUGAGGACAUGACCUUUAUCGCAGGGGUGGCCUACGGCGGGAAUUGGUGGACGCGGGCGCCGGCCGGGGAGGUCUACGUGCGCGAGCUCCUCUCCCUUCACACGCAACGCGCUCGAUGGCUUUGUGAGGUCCUCUCGGUGAACCUCGACUGGGAAGUGAGCACCAUCUCCACCGGCGAGCGGCGCCGUGUGCAGAUUUUGCUCUACUUGCUCGAGGAUAAGCCGGUGGUGCUGCUGGACGAGGCUACAGCUGAACUCGACGUCAAUCAGCGCUACGCAUUGUUGAAGUUUUUGUAUCUGGAGAGCGUCUGCCGUGGGGUGACAAUAAUCUACUCGACCCAUAUUUUUAGCGGACUGAAGUGCUGGGCAAACGUGUUGAUUGUGCUCGACAGCACGAAAUCUGGUGUGCAUGCCAUUCGACGAGCUUCCGAUGGGGAGGAAAUUGAUAUUGAAUACUUAACUGAAGAACUCAUAAAGCUUAAGUCCAAGGAGAAGGUGUAG